GGAAUGUGAACCAUUUAAAACCGCCUGACCUCUCCCCGUUGAGCAUUGUCAAAACUCAGCAUAGCAUGACAAUCGGAACACGGAUCGCUUUUGACUGACCAUUGCAAACUAGCCGUGGGUCAGUGGUCUGGCUGAGUGAGCGACUGAGAGCUGCUGCAUGAACUACAGCGACACCGACGACGUGGAUGACGACGACUCCCACACAUCAUCAGUGUCCCUUAACUAGAAGAUGCAUCGCCGGAAAUAUACACUGGCCCAGCACAAUGGCUCCUGCGUCCGAGACGAAGGCGAGGGGCACCCGGCGUUACAGAAGUUUAAAGUUCAGAUCCAGGACCUGUUGACUGACAGACACGACGACCAUUCGCUGACUAAAUGGCUGAAAGCCCGGCAGUUCGACGUUGCCAAAGCCGAACACAUGUAUAGGACGAGCAUGGCCUACAGAGAAAAGAUGAAGAUAGAAGAUCUUGUCAAAAACUACACUCCCCCAGAGGUCCUGCAGAAGUACCUGACGGGUGGGUUCUGCGGGUACGACAAGGAGGGGUCGCCGGUCCGGGUGGAGAGAUACGGGCGUCUGGACAUGAAAGGAAUCAUGUUCUCCUGCAAAAAACUGGACCUGGAGAAGACGAAGAUCCUGCAGUGUGAGGGAACUGUCCGCGACUGGGAAACGCAGUCCCAGAAGCUGGGCCGGCGAGUGGACGGCAUCACGGUGGUGUUCGACAUGGAGGGCGUCAGUAGUCGUAUGAUGUGGAGGCCGGGUCUACAGAUGUAUCUCUACCUGGUGAAAGUCCUCGAGGACAACUACCCCGAGAUGAUGAAGAGGAUGUUUGUUGUCAACGCUCCCCGGAUCUUCCCCUUGCUCUACAAGCUCUGCCGCCCGCUCAUCAGUGAGGAAAUGAAGAACAAGAUCCAUGUACUUGGAGGGGACUUCUCGGGAGCGUUGUUGGAACACAUCGACGCUGAUCAACUUCCGGUCUUCCUUGGUGGAGCUAUGAAAGGCAAAGAUGGCGACCCUUAUUGUUCAGAGCUGAUCCCUGCGGGCGGUGAUGUCCCGGAGAGCUACUACCUUCAGAGUCUGACCAACACUGACAACAUGGAGACCACCACUAUUCCUCGAGGAGACAAGAUCAUCCUGAAGUAUGAGGUGGACACGCCAGGCAGCAUCCUCAGGUGGGAAUUUAAAACGGAAGGAUUCGACAUCAGUUUUGGAGUAUUCCUGCUGAGAGAGGGUGCAAAGAUACCCAUCCUGCCUCUAGAACGCGUCAACAGUCACAUGGUACCAGAGGAUGGCAGCUGCACGUGCGAGGAGGCGGGAACAUACACUCUGCGAUUUGAUAACAAAUACAGCCUCUUCCGACAAAAGACCCUGCAUUAUUGCAUAGAGCAGAUUCCUGCAUCAAUGGUGGUGGAGGACAGCACCUAGCAACGAACUGUGUUUCGACAACUCGUUCAGCUGGGCGCGAGGCAAGAAGAUUCAGUACAGCGUGGAGAUAGUGGCAGCAGACGAUAACAUUGAGACGGAGAUUGACCAUAUGAUCGUGGGAGAUGGGAGUUGGAGA